GCUAUAGAAGAUCUAUUUAUACAUUUAUGAUUUGUACACCCUUGAUCGCAUAAAUCAGUGCCAAUUUUCAAUUCGGUGUUAAACUACUGUUUUCCUGAUUGAUUGUGCAUUGUUGAGACUUUUUGAUCUCUGAUUGUGAACAAUAUUCGUUUGUAAGUUGAACCGCUUGUGACAUCUCAUUGAAUUAGCUUUGAUCUAUUCUGUUCGUGAAGUGAAUGAAAAUAAACAGGAUUAUGUAUUGUGGCGAGUGUUCUGAAGCUACAGCUGAGGCCUUAGAUGCUCUUUCACAGAUAAGUGGAAUUUAUAAAUAUUCUUAUGAGGUUACCCCCACUUCGGGUAGACCCAUCAGCUACACAGAUGAGUCUUGGAAACCUUCUUCAGGAGAAUCAACCAAAGACCCUUCUUGCCCCACAGAGUGUCGCCAAAGCAAAACCAAGCGCGUCAAAAACUACCUGAAAAAGUGUAAAAGCGCCCUAGGCACCAGUAAAUCUGCCAGCUUAGACGUAUCAUCCAACUGCAGUGAAAAAAACGAAACGUCAUCGUGGUACCUUGAGAACCAAAUCGAAGAAAAUCUGAAUGAGUGCGAAGUCAAAGAACUCGAAGAUGUGUUUGAAAACGCGACAGUUCAUACGGAUAUCGAUGAUUGUUCGCUUCAAGUCGCGAAUAUAGUGGAAGUGCGGGGUCCACCGGGUAGUAACGACCAGUGCGACGACAAUGAAUACCAAAGAGAAGAUGAGGAAGGAAGGAACGAGAAGGAAGAAGACCUUAUGACUGCACCAGUAGCCACCUCGCCUGUCUUGCAGAAACUGCAAGAAGAGGAAGACGGUGGAGUCGACGGUGAGACUUUGGGGUUUCGAGAAAGAUCGCUCUUGAUAACAACUGUUAAGAGCGACGUAGAAAGCUUGGUUGACAAAUAUUUCGGGAGUUUGUACAAGAAUUACGAACAUUCCAGAAAAUGUUUGAUCAGACAAGCGAGGAACCUGCUCGUCUGUGAAUAUCAUGGAUGCUUGCGUCGCUUUGAAGAUGAAUUCUGCAUACAGGCUAAUAAACUGCUGGGACAUCUCAAGAAUGUACGUGCAUCAGACCCCACGUCACCAUCCGGCUGGCCGCUAUGCGUCGGCCCAGCCGGCAUAGCCGUCCACCUGGGUGCCCUAGACGCGUCCCUGGUCCGCAACCGAGACUGCUACCUCUGCGUGCGCAGUCGCAGCCAGCCUGGCCUCGAAGUGGCCCUGAUCUGGCGGCAGCAGCACAAGAUUCACUGCCACACCGUGGCAGAGUUCCGCAACCCGCUUCACUCCCUAGAUGAGAUCAUGUGUUCGAGCCUGAGGUCCGCUUCGGAUCUGGAGAUCACCUCCUACGACGACUACGAUGGCUCGCAGCUUCCAGAGAUGCUGCAGCACCUGCUGGUUUCCGUCGAGCACGCCAUAGAAAGAGUGCCUCUGGACGAUUUGACGUUUCCUUGUCCGCAGUGCCUACAGUACUUGAGGCUGGACAGGUCGGAGGAUGAGGUAGUGUCUUGCGCGUGCCAGUGCUCGUGCAGACUGUCUGAGGGUCCUGUAGAUAAGAAGGAUUCCUCGAUGCAGACCAGUCCGAUGUUCGAGUUCGUCGGGUCCAUUCCUCAUAUCGAUAGUGAUGAAGAUGAUGACAAGGAGUCGAUCAGAUCAGGUUCAUCUAGUAAAAAGAUGGAAAUUGCUACACCAAAACGAAUAGACGAACUACCAGAUAAGCUGUUGAUGUCUGGUAUAAACUUGCCAGGUACUGCCGACAAUGAUGGAAGACCGAUCAUCCUUUGCUAUGCCGAGUGUAUUGCCAGAGUGGGACUCAACAAGUACGAGAUCGCCAAGUUGUUGCUCUAUUAUUGCACCAUUCCCACAGUUGAGAGCAGAGAAAGAGGAUUCACCGUUCUUCUCCUGGCAGAAAAUGAGACUGACUAUAAAAUCCUUGAAGUGUUGGACAAGUCCCUGUGUCUGAUUGGAAAUUCUAUGAAAAUCCAUAGAUUCCUCGUUUGGCAACCAGGAGUCAGGAACAGGGAAGAGAAAGUAUUAUCUAGUCGUGUACAGGUCAAAGUGCUAUCAGAUGAAUCCUCACUCAACAAGUACAUCAGCAAAGACCAAGCUCCCGUCAGUUGUGGUGGCAGUAGCACCCACGACCAGCUCGAAUGGGUCGAGUUUUUCAGACAGCUGGAACCAUUCCUGACCUCCUGCAAGGUGGCAGGAAGGAAUCUGCUGUCUACGUUAUCGCAGCUCAGGAACGAGGAAGUGCCACUGCAGGUCACCCGGAGGUUUUUGAAUCAUCAGUGCAGGCAAAUCACCAAGGCUCUGGAGUCCGAGUGCAUUCAUAAAUUGAGAAGAGAGGGAAAGAAGACUUUAGCUACUUUGGAGGAACGGAAACAAUGGUUGUCGAGUAGCAGGGAUGUUAGAAGGUGUGUCAGCAUUUCUGUGGAGUCAUUCAAUGCUGUUGAGUUUGUGACGAAGAGAUUGGAGAAGCUCAAACAGGAACGAAUGGAGAAGCUGAAAGAACUUUCGAAGUUCCGGAGUCUCAAAGAAGAGGCUGACGGGCUCUUCUCGUGGACUAGUAAUGUUGGCGAAGAAACACUCAACAGUUUAACGUUACUUCUUCGGUCCGCUGGUGAUGCUGAUGCUUCCAAACAAGUUGCCAACGACUUUGAGAAGUUCUUCUUCAAUGCGUGGAGACAAAUCGAGAAGGCGAAUGACCUUCACGAAGAAACCAAACACAUAAAUGAUUCAAAAGGCCAAAGUCUGAAGGAACUGACCGAAAACCUACAUAUCCAAAUGAAAGCGUUCAGAGAAAAACUUGAAGAUGCCAGGGAGAGAAUCGAAGACAGCUGCAGAUGUUUUCUACUGCUCGAAUCGUGUCGAGACAUACUGGAAGAUGACUCCAAGGAGCAGGCAGAGUUCAUCAAGAUGGCUGAGAAUUCUGGGAAUGAAAAGUUGGUCCGGAUAUGUCAGUCAGUCAAGAAGAAAGAAGAAGUUACCGAAUCCAAUGAACCACCUGAUAAAGUAGGAGACCCAGGCUCUCCGAAAUGUUCUAUGGCCGAAAUAAGUGCUGCUAGUACUCCUGUCAGACCCCAUAACAGCCAAAUCAGAAGGAGAUCGGUCAGUUCACUGGCGUUCAUCUACCACUGCAAUCACGUAGCAGCCGGAGAAAUAUGCAACUGUUGUGAAUCCGACACCGAAAAUUCUGUAUCCUACAGACUGAAGAAGAAAUACAUUCAAUCGCUACAGGAAUGCGGGUGCUCACCUAGUGCUAAUAUCAAGGACUCUUUGGAGCGCAAAAACAGUGGCACUCUGGGCGGCAUCAAGGAAGAACGUGAAAGUGUGGAAGAUCUCUUGGAAAAAGUUGACUCUGAGAAUGGUGACUGUAAUAGGUGUGAUAGUGGUGUGUCUACUGCAGAAAACUCUGUCGGUGACGAAAUUAUGUACAGUAAGAAAAAAGUGCAAAGAAGUUGUUCGUGUCAGUAUUAUAGGGAGGGUUGUAAUUUGUGUAGUGCUGGUAGCUCUAGCACUGGCUCAAAUCAGGAUCAUACAGAAAAUCAGCAUGAUAGUAUAAUAGAGGAGGGGAUCGAUGGAUUCCUGAAAAGUAAUAGUAGUGAUGAUAUAGAAGAUGACCACUUUUCGGAAGAAAGAAGGAAAGUGCCUCCUGUAGCAGCCAAUAACCACUUGUAUUGUCAUGCUUCAACCCUGGACCUGCCUUCAGAUGCCUUAUAUAAUAAUAUGGACCCAAAGACUCAAAAGACCUUAACUUACAUUAUCAAGGAAAUGGUGGAAACCGAGCGAGACUAUGUGAAAUCGCUUGAUUAUAUCAUCAUAAACUACAUACCAGAACUACAGCGAGAAGAUAUCCCCCAGGCCUUGAGAGGCCAGAGGAACACAGUUUUUGGAAAUGUUGAGAAAAUAUACGAGUUUCACAGCCAACAUUUCCUCAAGGAAUUGGAGGAAUUCAUUACUAAUCCUUUGCAAGUUGGCCAAAUAUUCCUCAAAUAUGACAACAGGUUCUAUCUGUACGCCUUAUACAACAAGAACAAGCCCAAGUCAGACUCGUUAAUGUCAGAAUAUGGAACUUUGUUCUUCAAGAGCAAGCAAAUAGAGUUGGGGGAUAAAAUGGAUCUGGCCAGUUAUCUACUGAAACCUGUCCAACGUAUGGGGAAAUACGCCCUACUCCUUCAGCAGAUGAUGAAAGCUUGUUCAGCAUCUCUCCAGGAUGCUCCUGAGAGACGAAUUCAAGAUCUUGACGAUUUGAAACAGGCUGAGGAAAUGGUUCGCUUCCAGUUGCGACAUGGAAACGACUUGUUGGCAAUGGAUUCUAUCAGAGAUUGCGAUGUCAAUCUCAAGGAACAGGGUCGUCUGAUACGACAAAACGAGUUUCUGGUAUGGGAAGGACGUUCGGGGAAAAAGUCACUGAGACAAGUAUUCCUGUUCGAAGAGUUGAUACUUUUCAGCAAAGCCAGGAGGUUUCCAGACAGAAAGAAUCUCGACCUUUACAUCUACAAGAACAGUAUUAAGAUGACUGAUAUAGGACUGACCGCGAAAAUAGGGGACAGUCCCACCAAAUUCGAAAUUUGGUUCAGAAAGCGAAAACCCAAUGAUACAUUCACAUUGCAAUCUAUGACUGAAGAUGUUAAGAAGAUAUGGGCAGAGGAGUUGUCACAGUUACUUUGGCGACAAGCUAUCAAAAAUAGAGCUGUCAGAAUGGCCGAGAUGUCAUCAAUGGGAAUUGGAAAUAAACCUUGCUUAGACAUCAGACCAAGUGGAAAUCAAAUUAGUGACAGAUCCAUUAGCUUCGCCCAGUUGAGUAGAACUGUCCCAAGGUUCCGCAAUUCCGUAGUUGGCACCAUGACGGAAGUGUGUACGAAAAUCAAGCGACCGCAUUCGGUUAUUUCGAUGUCGAGCAGCGUGUCAUCAGGCAGUACAAGUUCUAGUGGGUCCAGUGGGUCCGGUGGGUCCCUUGGGACGCCUGUUGGAUCCAACAAUAUCCCCAUUGUUCUUGCCUUCGAGUCCACCUGCGAUAGUCCAAAGCCCUACCACAAAUCUGCCACAUUGAAUAGCCAAUGUUCCAUAGAGAGUGGCAUCAUAACAGAUAUGUCGGUGGGAUCAGAUGACUUCCAAGAACAGAUAAAUACAGGGUCUUGAAAGAACUUGUCAAGAAUUCACAUAAAUAUUACAAAGGCUUGAUAGCGAACUUGAAAUAGACGAAUUCAUGAAUCCAAUUCAAACAUCAAUUUUUUUCAUCACUGAUAUGUUCAAGAUUAUAUUUAUUAGUUCUGAUCAGUUCUUCGUCGUAGUUUCGUUAUUAUGGUCCAGGAAACUGAUGCAACAUUUUUCAGUUUUGAGCCAAACGAACCGUUAUUUUGACUGUUUUAAGUCGAAAUACACCAUGUGCCAGGAUAUGUUACUUAUAGUUAACUCGUAGAUUUUCAAAUUAUUGUUUCGAAUAAUAUAUUAUUAUUGUUAGGUAUUAUAAUAGAUGGAUUAUAUGAGUGUGCAUGCUAUAGUGUAUAUAACAAUAGAUAUCUGACAGUUCUCAAUUCACACUGGAAAUUGAACUAGAGCGAUGAAGGAUAUAAAGCUAUCAGCAAGAGAAAAGUACAUACCUUUUCCAAAUAUGUUUUUCAUGUAACUUUAUGUAACUUUUGUUUCCAAUACUUUAUUUAUUAAUUUGUUAUAGUUUGUACUUAAAUGUCAUGUAACGAAUUCUACCACUAGAAAAUUUCAGGAUCUUCAGGGAAUUCAUCAUGAAAUAUGUAUAUAGAAAAAAUAUAAAAUAUCUAACAGGACACCAAUUUCAUAACUAUUAAUAUUGAACACAAUUGAUGGCUAUCAUUAGCGAUUCACCAUGGCGAUAUUGGAAAUCUUUGGCAGCUUUUAAAAUAUUGACAAGAGUAUUGAAAUAAUAAACUGCAUCAUCAAAUAUAUCGCACCAGGAAAUUGAACAAAAUGUUCUAACCCCAUUCAACCCCAUUCAACCCCACUUAACUCAGAGCAGGUAUCGCUUUUUUUUUGUCGUUUUCCAUUGAUGUUUUGGGGUUCACAUUCCUAACAGUCAUGCUAAUCCCAGUCAACUCAAACUUUGAACAUUAAAAUUCAAACACCCUACUUUCGAUAGGUACAUUUAUGACAAGGUUAUCAACUGAAAAGUUGAAAAACCGGAAUUCGCGUUAUAUCUCGCGAGCUCCAAAUCAUACAGUGUUGUGUUUUUCGAAUUCUGUUCGAAUCCAAAUUAGUUUUUGGAAAACUUGCAAAUAUACAGUGUGUCGCCUUUUCCUGCAAAUUUCAGAACCCUACCUCAAUAGUUACGUGAGAUACGGAGGUGCUUCCAUGAGAGGUGAGACAAAACUAAAUUUUUCUGAACUGGAAAUUUUCCUGGAAAAAUAUGUAUAAUCAGUGAAUUGUACCUCCUGAUUUCGUAUCCGAAGUGAUUUUCAACCUAUUGUGCCUCCUAUUAUAAUUUUCCGGAAAAUGGGGUGGUCCCAUGGCUGUUGGCGACCAGUGUAUUUCACUGAAGAUGAGUCAACUUGGUGAUAGAGUGCAUUUUCAGUAUUUCUGUCGCUCCAGCAGAUACAGGGGAGUUUCGAUCAGAAGUGAAACACACUGUAUACGUUAUAUGACGUAUGUAUUGUGUAUAACUGAGUUCACCUUUUAUAACCACAAUUCAUAUCGAUUGACUUGAGCUCAUAGAACAUUUCAAAGUUAAUUCGAUGCCAUAGAUACGAAGCGAACACAUUACCACGAGUAGAAUUCAAUUCAAGAUGGAUAUAAUAACUUUUUUUCAUUUUUGGAGAGGUAUUCCUCCAUUUUUUCUCAUCUAUGAUAAAUGAAACGAAGGAAAUAGACGCUAUCCUUGUUAUGUUCAAAAAUUGUACGUUAAGAAAGUCAUAAAAACCAACAUUUCCACGCACACAGGUUGAGUUUAUUUGUGGAACAUUUAAAAACAUAACAUUAUUUUAGGAUCAGUUUGCUUGUAUGAAAUUGAAACAUGUUUUGGAAUAGCUGACGUUGAUACCUAACCACUAAUGGCACAGAUGAUUAAAUACAUAUUAAAUACAACCCAAUCAACAAAACUGACCGAACUGUUCACAAUGAUAAUGUAGUCAUUACGAGCAAAAUAAUCGUUUGAUAUGCAUUUUACAUGAAGUACGAUAUGUAGUCGUUGGAACGUUCCUGAAAUAUAUUAUUCUCAUUAUCUCGUUGAAAAUUCUUCCAAACUGUGAGCCUUCGAUUUCCAAUUCUCCAUGGUGAGAUAUAUCGACAGGAACAGCUAUACUGUAUCCUCUAAUAUUAUGGAUUAGAUGAAAAUUUUGUAAAUGCAUGAUUUUUAUAAUUCACUGUAGUCAUAUUGGAGUUUAAUGGAAUAUAUAUACAUAUGU